CGUGGCCAGGGAAGCGUAGCAGGUCGCUGGUUGGUGCGGGGAAGGCAGCGGGCGGGGCCGGGGCAGGCUGACCCCGUGAGUGCCUUGGCUCGGAGAUGUUCCUGGCACUCCGCACCCGGCACUCUCCGUGGUCAUACAUGCUGCCCUCGCCUCACAAUCUGCGAGGUGGCUGAGCUACUAAGCGCUCUGUCCACCGAGAUGGCGACCGCCCGUGCACGCCCGCCGCCCGCUCCCACCCCCGCCCCCCUCGCCUCUCCUCAGUCCUCCACUUCUAUCAACCUCACCGACAACCCCCUCUCCAGCACCCCCUCCUCCAACCCCAAGGCGAGGAAUGACUCCAAGGCACCCUCCCUCUCCACCUCCUCCACCCCUGCCGCCAACAACGACCACUCCCCCAACAGCGACCCGACGCGCCCUGACGUGACGCAGUGUGACGCAGGGAAGGCUAGUCAGGACGGGGGCACCACCACUACUUCCUCCUCCGCUGCCGCCGCCUCCUCCACCGUCCCCGCCCUGCCGCCUACCUCCGACCCCCGCCCCCCUACCAGGCCGCCAACAUGACCACAACGGAAAAGUGGACCAGUGGGAGCAGUGAGCCGGAGCGGGACACCUGGAGCAAGAAGGUCGAGUUCCUCCUUGCCGUGGUGGGUUUUGCUGUCGAUCUUGGCAAUGUGUGGCGCUUCCCUUACAUCUGCUACCAGAACGGCGGGGGGGCGUUCUUGGUGCCGUACUGCAUCAUGCUAGUACUGGGGGGCCUGCCUCUCUUCUUCAUGGAACUCGCCCUGGGCCAGUACCACCGCAACGGAUGCCUCACCGUGUGGCGCCGCAUUUGCCCUAUGCUCAAAGGCAUCGGUUACGCUAUUUGCAUCAUCGACCUCUAUAUGGCCAUGUACUACAACACCAUCUUGGCCUGGAGCGUGUACUAUCUGGUGGCGUCCUUCAGUAACCAGCUGCCCUGGACCACGUGUGACAACCCCUGGAACACCAUCAACUGUACCCUUACCGCAGAUGUCUUCAACGCCUCGGACAAGUCUCUUACUGUCUCCCCGGCCAAGGAAUUCUUCAGGAAGGAGGUACUAGAAGUGGACAGAAGUCACGGUUUGGGAGACCUGGGGCCAGUGAAGGGAUCGCUGGCUCUCUGUCUCUUCUCUGUCUUCGUCCUCGUGUACUUCUCUCUGUGGAAAGGCGUCAAGUCAACAGGCAAGGCGGUGUGGGUGACGGCGCUGCUACCCUACGUGGUGCUCCUCAUCCUGCUGGCUCGAGGGGUCACGCUGCCGGGCGCUACGGACGGCAUCCUCUACUACCUCACGCCCCGCUUUCAGAUGCUCCACAAGCCCAAGGUGUGGGUGGAUGCUGCCACUCAGAUCUUCUUCAGUCUCGGACCUGGCUUCGGCACCCUCCUCGCCCUCUCCUCCUAUAACAAGUUCAGCAACAACUGCUACAGGGACGCGCUACUGACUUCCUCCAUCAACUGCCUGACCAGCUUCCUCGCCGGCUUCGUGAUCUUCUCCGUGCUGGGCUACAUGGCCAACGUGCAGAACAAGGACAUCUCAGAGGUCGGGGAAGAGGGACCUGGGCUGGUGUUCACCGUGUACCCCGAGGCCAUCGCUACCAUGACUGGCUCCGUCUUCUGGUCUAUUAUCUUCUUCCUCAUGCUCAUCACACUCGGUCUAGACAGCACCUUCGGAGGUCUGGAGGCCAUGAUUACUGGGCUGUGUGACGAGUACCCGCGACUUCUGGGAUGCCACCGUGAACUAUUUGUGCUGGGACUGCUCAUCUUCAUCUACAUAUGCGCUCUUCCCACCACCACUUACGGAGGAAUGUACAUCGUGGACCUUCUGAACGUAUUCGGCACCGGGAACCCCAUUCUGUUCAUCGUGUUUGUGGAGGCCAUGGCGGUGUGUUGGUUCUACGGCGCCGAGAGGUUCGCAGACGACAUCGAGCGCAUGUUGGGCACGCGGCCGGGCAUGUUCUGGAUCGUGUGCUGGAAAUACAUCUCUCCGACCUUCAUCUUUGCUUUGUUCGUGUGCUCGGUCACCUUGCAUGACGGGGCGGCCUCUCUGGGGCUGGAGCCGUGGGCCGAGGUGCUGGCGUGGUGCCUCACGUGUUCCUCCAUCAUCUGCAUACCUCUUUACAUCUUGUACAUGCUCUUCACUACCCCGGGAACUUACAGAGAGCGCAUCAAGGCAAUGAUCAAACCUGAGGAGUACGUCCCGCCUCAACUAAGCCAAGUGAACCCCAACUACGGGACCCACGUCUGAACGAACCUCCAGCUUCUGAGCUCACCCACCAUCAGGGAACCACCCACAUCGGAUCUCCGACUUCUGAACCCCAGUCACGAUUCUUCCACUGCCUCAGCCAUUAAUCACACUGCUCAAUAAUUUCGAUCAAAAAUCGCAAAUAUUAAAACCCUCUCGAUCAGUGUUAAGGUCCGAGUCACAGAUAUUGAAUUCCGACUGGACGCUCCCCCACAACAGGCUUUCGUGAAGACAGUUCCGACAGUGGACGCCCCUAAAGUGAGACGCAACUAGCGACACUUAAACGGUAAUUUAUGGCUUGUUCCCAUUGCAGAUUCCAUAUAAAUCAUCUGUAUAUAAGAAACGGGUCUCAUUAAAAUAAAUUUUAUUAGAUUACGAACCUUUAAGACAGAUCAAGGAAUGAUCGGUAAUCCAGUAAUCUUGCAAAGCAUAGUGAAAAAGGAAAUACAAUUUUAGUUUUAGCCAUCAUUGUAUCUUUUGCUUACUAAUAUGAAGAAAAGCUUCUCUUACCGUACUAUGAUAUAUAUAUAUAUAUAUAUAUAUAUAUAUAUAUAUAUAUAUAUAUAUAUAUAUAUAUAUAUAUAUAUAUAUAUAUAUAUAUAUAUAUAUAUAUAUCGUAGGGGCAGUUUGUGGACGUGGAGAAAGGUUUCUACAGAUGGAAGCGUGCGUCGCCCCGCUGCUUACCAAGUAUUCAGUCCGUAGCGUUGCUGUAUUCAUUGUAUGUCUGAUUGUCUAGGCUUAUUGUGCAUUUCGUCAUUUGAAGCGGCGUAGAUUUUAAUAGCUUGCCGUCAACGCACUUUUGAAUUUAUUACUAAGGAUUAUUUCCACUGCGAACAUUCCCUCAAUGUCUGUGUGACGUGCCGAACGCGUCUCUUGGUACUAAGUGAAUAUAGUAUGUAUAGUGUACUUAUCUUCCCGUGCUACCUAGCGUUCUUCCCUCGUUUACCUUCUGAAGUGUUUCUGACUCCCCUGGGCUUGGUUUUGUGCCCUCUGGGCCUCUAAUGCUCCCUCUCCAGGUGUCUUGGACGGCGCGGUGGUCGUCAGCCGCCGUGACCGCGUGUGUUGCGGAGUCGUGCGGCGCUGCAGUUUUUCUUGUCUUGCAGUUAAGUGAGUCGUUUUGAUGUUGAAAACGUCUGGCAAUCAAAAUAUAUCCGUUGACACUGUUACUAGCCGGUUAUAGGUGUAAAUAUAUGUUAUGUUGAGGCAUUGCAUAGAUAUAUGAAUAUGAUGAAAGGGUUGCCAAGUUACCAGAAGUAAUUUUUUUCUGCUAGUACGUAUUUGUGGGCGACAUUUACAUCCCAGUUUAUUGACCCGAAAGAACGCUUUUCAUAGAUGUGUCGCGUGCGUGUGCUUCUGUAUGUGUACUGUAGGAUAUAUUAGCGACAUAAAGUAUUAUGAUUCUGAUCACUUGGCUCUCCUCUCUAGGAUUACAUUACAUGCCUAUGGUAUAAUACUCGUAUUAUGACUUCAACUGAGUGGACAAACCCCAUCCAUGAAAUAAAUAUGCAGUGUUUGGUGUAGUGAAGAGCCAGGAUGUCGUAGUCUCCCCUGUAGUAGAGUACGGUUCUCUGUGGUGCAGCCCGGGGCGGGGGUGGCGCCCCACGCCCUCUCCGCCCUGCUCACAGACAUCGAAUAGUUAGUUUGUUGACCUUAAGUGAUAUUUCCGGUGGAGGUGAUCCGCCGCGUACAACACGUAGCUGUAGGCCCCUCAUGGUAGUGGCGAUGGUUGUUGUCCUCGCCCUUGUCGCUGUGUAGGUAGACUCAAUGUUUAAAUGGAUAAAAUAUAAAAAGGGAUAUUUUGUCACAGCAAAUACAAAUGAAUAUUUUGAAUAAUGACAAUAUGGUUUUGUACAGUUUGCUGAUUUAUUUUAUUAGAUCAUAGGGUGCAGUGUGUGUGUGUGUGUGUGUGUGUGUGUGUGUGUGUGUGUGUGUGUGUCGUGGCGUCCUGUGUAGAUGUUUGUUGCCAUUGUCACUAGAGUCCCGUCGUAGUGGUUCAUCUGUCUUAAGGAUUCUCAAAAUAUUAUAGUAGACUUAUAGCUCCUGUUGUGUAUGCGGGGAAACGUGUGUGUGUGUGUCUGUGUGUGUGUGUGUGUGUGUGUGUGUGUGUGUGUGUGUGUGUGUGUGUGUGUGUGUGUGUGUAUGUGUGUGUGUGUGUGUGUGUGUGUGUGUGUGUGUUAGGGAGGGAGUGGUGUGGGGCAGGGGCGGGGCAGUGCAGGUCGCCGCCUCCCCCGUGGCCGCGCUUUCCCAGACAAAAGCACGUAUCACUCGUCGUCUUCCGCAGUAAGUGUUGUGGCGUGAACUAUCGUUUUAACACUAAGGGCCUUGACGUCCCUCUCAACUACAGCCAUGUUGAGUGGGACACCCCGAACCUCGCCGCCCCUGGUCCGUUAGCUGUCCCGUGCCUCAUCCCGAAAUCCUAUUGACUCCCGCUCUCAUUCCUUGUCCUGGCGGCGGCGGCGGCGAGGAGGGGAGAGGAGAUGUGUGGUGGGCAGUAUCAGGGUUGCCACACUGCGCACUCCGCUAGUCAUAGUGCGCGUGAUGUCAUGAAAGGCCAGCCACCUGGAGCGUCGUCAUCUUCAGCCAUACAUGCUGACGUCCCCGGUGGUCUGUGUCCAUGACGCCACGCUUGUGUAGCAUAAUUUCCUUUGAUUAUAGUUUGUUUUUGGAGAGUAGUUACCUUAGCGGUGUUGUCCCUCACGCGUCAUGUGUAGGACUCAACUGUUUUUGCCGCACUGAAACACUGACGAAGAAACAGGUCAAAAUGAAACUCUGGAUCCCAGGUUUUCAUAAUUUUAUACUUACGGUUAUUUGGUAGUGUGUUUCAAUAUGUAGUGUUGUACUCUAUAUACAGUUGUCAAAUUCGUGGUCGUAGUCCUUCCUUGGGUCAAACGUGAGUCAACAGCUGUUUAGGAAGGUAAUAGUUGAGUGUCAGUCUUAAAAACAAAUCCGAUAUGUACCAGACUCGGUCAUAUUCGUGUACAACAGUAGCUUGUGUAGAGCCUGCUCCAGGCGGCCUGCGGGUGAGGACGGGAGACGGGGCGUUGCGGAGGGCAGCUGUCUCGGGCGUGGGAGCGACCCCUCGAGCCUCGCGCAACGGCCCGUGUCCCCCCCCCCCACUGAAAUAUACACCAGUGAAAUGU